AUGGAGCAGCUUGAUGCUACUAUGUUUGCAGAGGAGCGGAGCAUCGUCAUUCUACUCGACAAUGCUUCCAGCCAUGUGCUCAAGAGUGAGCACGCGGAGUCUGAGGACAUCUUCGGCUUCCGCACCCGGUCCCUGCGCAACAUAAGGCUGGUGUUCCUGCUGCCGAACACCACCUGCUUCACCCAGCCGCUGGACCAGGGCCUCAUCGCGAUAAUGAAGGCUCGGUACCGCCAGCACUGGCUCGAGGCGCGUUGCUGGUGGUGCACGGGCUGUCUCCCGCUCGCAUGGGCCUUAUCCUUGGCCCACGUGGGCGCUGCUGGACUCACAGGCGCCGCCCCUCUCGCCAUCGAUCUCAACGAGGAGAUCGGCGACGUGGGCGUUUUGAUCGACCGGCUUGCACUCGGUUCGAGUGCAAUGCCUGCCGCCGACUUCGUCGCGAUUAAUGACGGGCAGCCGACGUGCGCCGAACCGGACGAGGAUGCCCUCGCCCUCGAGCCUGCCUCGGCGUAUUCCGCGCAGUCUUGGGAACCGCCCGCAACCAUGCAGGCAGUGUACGACAAUGUGGACCCGGCGAAGCGCGAAGCACGUUGCACGGCACGGGCGGCAUGUGAAAUGCUCAUCGGAUAUGCGCGCGCGACAUGUAUCACCCCCCGCGAGCUGUCUGAAAUUCACAACCCGAUUAUCAUCAAGCGCAUGGAGAGGGCAAGCCCGCAUAUCAACCUCAACACGACGCCGAUCGCCACUCCCGCGCCUUUCGCCACGCCUGAUGGCGCGCGCCCUCGUCCACGCGGUCGCGUCCUCCCAGCGUGGAUGACGGCGCCCUCCCCCCGACAGGCGCUGAUUGACGCCGGCACUGCUGUCGUCAUGGCCGGUUUCAGAGUGGGUGCGUUUGUGAACGCUGUAGACUCCUAUCAGAGGAGUUGGUUUUCCUCUCCUGCCUGGCACCAGAGUCAACCUCUCGCUGACAUUGGUGCAAUGUCAGCGUUGACUGAUUUAGUUUUGAGCGUCCCAAUUGUCGAGCUGUGA